UAAAUAAAAAUUCAAAACAUAGAAUGAUCGUAUAGGUAUAAUAAUAUCUUAUCGAUAAUGUACAAUUCAUAAUAUUAUAUUAGCUUAUUGCUUGUAAUACUAUUGUACAUAUUUUGUCAUUUGUUAUUCUACUUUCAAUGUCUGCACACGUUUUAUUUGAUUACCUAUCUACUUUUAUUGGAUAAAUUAUGGCAAACAAAAAACAUGGGAAACAAAGUAAAUGCAAAAAGAGAAGUGCAAAGUCGAAAUGCAUACAAAAUUUACUUUUGAGUAGGUAUAAAAAAACUGAAAAAAUAAAUAAUGAAGAUAAUACCAAUAAUCUUGAAGAGGAUAUGGAUAUCCAAAAAUCAAAUGAAACUGUCAAUAACGAUGAUAAUGACUACUUACAACUAUCAGACCAUUCGGGAUUAGAUGAAUCUACAUUACCAAAUUUGAAUGUUGAGUACGUAAAAUCUAAUGAACCUACAUUAUCAGGGCGCCGAGUAGUAGACAUAGAACAUUUUAUGAAACAAAUGAUGGAACUGGGUAAACAUGGUAGUAAAUGUACUAUGGGACGAUUUGUACUAAUCAAAGAAGUACAAAAUGGUGUAGGAUUUAAACUUUAUUUCAAAUGCCAUGUUUGUGACCGUCAUCAAAUUGUCACAUCAGACAGAGAAUCAUCUGUAGAUAAUGUCAAUAAUGCGUUAGUUUGGGGAGCAUUAUCAAUCGGUAUUGGACAUCGUCAGAUUGAAGAUUUACUCGCAGUUAUGGACUGUCCAUCACCAUCGUUUAAAAAAUUUAAACGACAUGAAGUUAUUAUAGGAAAGGUGUGGGAACAACAAAUUUCAGAAAUGUUGAAAAAAAAUGGAGAGCAGGAAAAAAAAAUUGCCAUACAAAAAGGAAAUUUAUAUAAAGGAACUCCUUACAUCACAGUGAUAGGUGAUGGUGGUUGGGCUAAAAGAAGUUACGGACAUGGUUUCAAUUCUCAAUCAGGCGUGGUAAUUUUAGAAAUCUUAUAAGUUAUAACUAGGGAUCGGAUUUAUAUGUAUUUAAUAUUUAUGAAACCAAAAUAUGUAUUUUACUAAUACUUAAUUAUUAUUUUUUUUUAAAUGUAAAUAUAGGUAUCUAGAUAAUUAGUCGGAUAUUUUAUGUCAAAGGGGAAAUAUGUAUUCGCAUAUGCAUAUAAAUAAGCCCUAUAGAUAUAAAAUGUAUAUAAUAAUAUAAUAUAUAAUAUAUUUGUUUUUAAUAAUAUUAUAGAAAAAAACGGUAGUUUU